CCGGUUAGCUCUUGCUGGGGCAGUAGGCAGUACAGUAGAGAGCACCUGGGCAGGCAGACAGCAGCGUCAUUAGUGCUCUCCAUCCCCUCAUUUUGUGGCUAGCUCUGUGGCUCAGCAACGAGCUUUGACACCUACCUACCUACCUAGGUACGGUGUACAAUGGAUGUUUAGGUAUUAGGUACCUAAAAGGUUAUGACACAAAACAUAUACACCAGCCACAGCCGUCUGACACGUGAUUGGCGAACGCGACUUCCCAAAUGUAAGGGGUAGUACUUGAUGCACAGGGAAAUCAACACAACAAUGACGAAUCAACAAUAAUUUUGGCCAAGGGAUUAGAAUGGAUCAGCCUCCUGCUGCCAACCAGAAGCGCAAGCGUGGUCGUCGAGCCAACGCGUCACGCGAUAACGGCCUCCAAGACGCGUCAACUUCUGCUGCGCCUGUUGUGUCUCAAGACAACCAGCCUGAGGUGAAUGAGGAAGCAGAGAACGGUGAUAUGGAUGGAAAUUCUCGCCCUAGGAAACGUGGUCGGCGUGCCAAAGAGGUUGCCCUACAAGAGCAGCAGCUUGAAACCCCAGAGACUCAACCCGGCAGGCGUAACCGCCGUCAACCUUCUGCCAUGGGAAUAGAAGUAAAUCCUGAGCAGCAGGCUAGUAAAUCCACACCAUCAGAUGAGGUGAAAACAACCAGGCGAGGGCGACCGAAGAAAGGUGAUCAGCAGGCCAAGCCAACAGAGCCUGAAGCAGAAGAAGCCGACGAUGAGAAUGAGAAUGAAGGCGACUCGAGCCUCCUCCGGCGAAGUAAGCGACAGCGCCGUUCAUUGGAGGAUUCGCAUGCUUCUCCUAGAAGAGACGCGGUACAGGGAGAGGAGACUGGGUCCUCCGCAACUCAACGGCUAGUGAAAAGAAAGAAACAGCCAGUUCGGUCCAAGAAUAAGGAACAGCAGCAAGAGGAAGAAGCUGAUCCCGAAGAAGAGACUGAAACCACUUCCCAAACACAAAAGAAAGGAUCGAAAAGAAAUCGCCCUUUACCAAAUUCGCAAGCAUCUAUGAAUGAAGUCGAAUCUGGGCUCGAGCCCGACUUGCCACGCAAAAAGCGAGGUCGCCGAGCCAGGGCCGAAGGUGGUGAUACAAUAUCAGGGUCGGCCUCGGAAAAUAGGCCCUCCCAACGUAGGACAGAACAGGCAGAUAAUGAGUCGCAAGCGGAGGCUAAGAAACGUAGGUCAGGCGCACCACACCGGAAGAUGAACAGCCACAAGGAUUCUUCGGAGAGACGAGAUCAGUCGCCUAGCCGCUCACCUUCUCCAGCCUCUCCUUCUUCUCCCCCUUACAGACACAUUGCGAAACGGACGCGGCGAGUGACUCACAAUGUCAUUGAGUCCAAGUGGUCUUCUCUCGAACCUUCCUCACUCACAAACGUCGCCAGCCUCUUACAUUCUGCAUCAUUACCCACACUUCACCAUGUUCCCCAGAAGCAAUAUGCGCAUGCCGAAGAUGUUCUUGAGAAAGUCAUCAAGGGCUUACGCAAGAGAUCAGCAAGACUACCGUUUCCACUCGCUUCGACCCUCCCCCGCCGCGAAGAUGAACUAGAUUUCGAAAAAACACAGUCUGCCGCAGAGGUACUACUAUCUCAGCUUGAUCCUCUGCAACACAGCGUUGAACUACUGAAGCGUGAGAAGGAGCGUGCUGAGAAGGAACUUGACCGAGAGUAUAAAGUACUCAACCAACUCAGCACUAAUGCUCGUGCUGAGGCUAGAGAGAGAAGAGAUCGGCUGAGAAAGGUACAUGUUCUUGUGCCCGAGUCAAAUCAUGAUUUGGCUACGAACCAAAUCGAUUUGCUCCAUGCCGAUAAGACUACUAGUCAAGUCUUUACUAGAAUCCACGAUGAAGAACUACUUAGUCUUGCUAGUCAGAUUAACAAUCAUAUGGAAAGUAUGCGAGGGAACCUCGGACAAGUUGAUGGGGUUUUACCAGCGAUUGCGGAAAGUCAUGCGUUACUUAGGACCACAUUGCAGCCGCAAUUGAGCCUGAAGCAACUCGAGAAUAUUAUGUUCGGCCAGGCUAAAUCAUGACUUCGAGGACCUCGUAUCUCCAAGGGAUAUAUGGUGUGGUUGCACAGUCAGUAGAAGAUACCCUUUAAUUCGUGUCUGCUAAGCAUAUCAUAUGCUGUAUGAUUCGAAAACAAUGACCAAUACACCAGCUUUAAGGGAGCUGAUCCUAUUCAUUGUAACCCCGUGGAGAGAUCUCUCAGCUUGUAUUGGUUGUUGUUACCCAUCACCCUUUUACAAGGCACUUGGCUUACACGAUAAUUAUCCUGGUCUGUAUAACUUCCAAGCUAUCUAUAUGUCU